UAUCCUUAUUAACAUAACAUAUUAAAUAUAGUUUCUGAGUAAGAUAUUUACUCCAGAUUUCCUUGACUUUCUAGCUCUUUGGAGGCUAGCAUGAAGCUCCUUUAUAAGGAGUGGAGAAGAGAGGUAUAAAAUCACAAAAAAUAGUUAGAGAAGCUAUGGAUCAGAGUUCUAAUGCUCCCAUGCAUCUCUGCCAUGUCAACAAGCUCACAAUCUUCAUUAAUCGAACGUAUACAGUCAUAUACUCCGUCGCUUUAUCAUUCUUGCUUUACUAUAGAGCCUCUUUCUUCUUCCAUGACACCAAAACACCCAUCUUACCAUCUCUUAUUGUCUUUGCGGCCGAGCUCGUCUCUUCCUUCGAGUGGCUUCUAACCCAGGCAUAUCGGUGGAGGCCCGUCUUUCGAACUGUGUUCCCGGAGAGAUUGCCGGAAGAUGACAAACUUCCUGCAGUCGACGUGUUCAUUUGCACCGCUGAUCCGGAGAAGGAGCCACCCGUGGAGGUGAUGAACACUGUAAUAUCAGCCAUGGCACUCGACUAUCCACCCAAGAAGCUUCACGUGUAUUUGUCAGAUGAUGGCGGUGCUGAUGUGACUCUGAAUGGUAUGAGAGAGGCUUGGAUGUUUGCAAAGCGGUGGAUUCCAUUUUGUAAGAGGUAUAAGAUCAAGUGCAGGUCUCCAAAAGCCUAUUUCUCAGCAGCAGAGGAUGAGAAUGAAGAUGGUGAUUUUGGGGGUACUGAUUUCAUACAAGAGAGGCAAAUUGUUCAGGAAAAAUAUGAGGUGUUUAAGGAAAGAGUGAGAGAAUACGCAAGGCAUGGUGACACUUUGAGCAGUAAGCGUCUAGAUCAUUCUACAGUGAUUGAGGUGAUACAAGAUAGUUCUAGUAAUCAUGCAUUUGAAGAAAAUGAGGCAAAAAACAUGCCUCUCCUUGUUUAUGUCUCUCGCGAGAAAAGACCUUCCCAUGCCCAUCAUUUCAAGGCUGGAGCUCUCAAUGUUCUGCUUCGGGUAUCCGGUGUGAUCAGUAACUCUCCCUUCAUAUUAGGGCUUGAUUGUGACAUGUAUUGCAAUGAUCCAAGUUCAGCUCGGCAAGCAAUGUGUUUCCACCUAGAUCCCAAGCUCUCACCUACGCUAGCACUUGUGCAAUUCCCUCAGAAAUUCCACAACAUCAGUAAGAAUGACAUCUACGACAGUCAGUUGAGAGAGACGUUUUCGGUGCUAUGGCAAGGUUUUGAUGGACUUCAAGGGCCAUGCGUGACCGGUACUGGCUAUUACAUCAAGAGGUUAUCCUUGUAUGGAAAAUCCCUAAAGGAGGAUCAUAAGGAUCUUACGGAACUUAGACAAUCUGUUGGUCCAUCAAAUGAGUUCAUAAAAUCCCUGCUUGGAAACUACAAUCCUAAUAUGAAAAUGACACAUCUAGCUGAGACCCAACAACUAGGCUCCUGUACCUAUGAAGAUGGCACCAAAUGGGGUGAAGAGGCUGGUUUCUUAUACGCGUCUGUUGUGGAAGAUUAUUUCACAGGGUUCGCUAGCUUGCACUGCAAGGGUUGGAAUUCAGUGUAUUGCAAUCCACCAAGGCCUCAGUUCUUGGGCAGUGGCACCACUAAUUUGAAUGACUUUUUGGUCCAAGGGACAAGAUGGAGUUCUGGGUUGGUAGAUGUUGCCAUCUCCAAAUACUGCCCUCUUAUAUAUGGUCUUACUAAAAUGUCUUUCCUUGAAAGUAUGUGUUAUGGAUGGCUAGCAAUUUUCCCUAUUUGCCGGUUCUUCUCACUUUGGUGCCUUGCAACUAUACCCCAGCUUUGCCUAGUCAACGGCAUUUCCCUGUACCCUGAGGUCUCAAAUUCAUAUUUUUGGAUAUUUUCUUUUGUAUUCCUCUCAUCUGUUUUGAGACAUUUAUACGAAGUCCUCACAACGGAAGCAUCAUUACAACAUUGGAUAUACGAGCAAAGAAUAUGGAUGAUGAAAGCAGUUACAUCUCACUUAUAUGGUAGUCUUGAUGCUUUUAUGAAGAAAUUUGGUUUGAGGGAAGCAAGCUUCUUCCCAACGAAUAAAGUUGAUGACAUUGAGCAACUUAAGCGGUACAACGCGGGGGUAUUUGAUUUUCAAACCUCAGCACUUUUUCUUGUUCCAUUGGCUUCACUGGUUAUCUGGAACAUGACCUCCCUUUGUGUGGGCAUUGCCAGAGUGAUCUUUCUGGGGGAAUUUGAGAAGUUGUUUAUACAAGUCUUCAUACCAUUUUAUGCGGUGGUCGUCAAUUACCCUAUUAUAGAAGGAAUGCUAAUAAGGAAAGACAAUGGUCGCAUUCCACCAUCCGUCACCCUAUUGUCUGCUACAGCUUCAAUCAUUUUCUGCGUUUUGGGUUCAAUUUUUUUCAUGUAGCAAGUUUAUUUAACCUGCCCACUAUUUUUUCAGAGUCAAUAAUAUAUGUUACAUUGUUACUUAACUUCUUUCUUCAACUUUUUGGGGGAGAAUGUAUUGGUGGCUUCUUUCGGUAUACAUGUGUACUUAUCAAAGUCAUACUAGUCUGACUUUUGUCGUCAUAUUUUAUUCGCUCACCGAGAGUUAUUUCCAAAAAUAAAAGAAAAGAAAAACUAGUACUCUUGCAUGUUCCAUUUUUAUGCAUUUUUUUUUUGUUUUUUGAAUUUCCUAGUCAUGCAUGCUAGUCAGCUAGUCUCAUUGAUAUGAAUAUUGUUCAUAUCAAUAUAGUGUACCAUAUAAUUAGCACUUGCAUAUGUGUAAGAGAAGGAGGAUGCUUCUUUUCUUCUUCGGAGGGGUAAGUUAGUUUUGUUUUCCACCCUCUGGUUACGCAUAUGAGAUAUUGGAGGUAACCUAAACAUCGAAUCAGGGACGGAACCAAAAAAUCAUACUGAGGGGGGCUAAUGAACCUUAUGUUGUCAAGUUCUUCCUCAUGUUCUUCUUCGAUCUUUUUUCUUUUACGUACUGUUCUAAUACAUAUAUUAUUGAAAUGGGUAGGAAUUCUUAUGUAUUGCUCACUAUGAAGGUAAUUGAAGUUUGGCUAUUCAAACUUCCAAAGGAGUGACUACAACAAUUACAUUAAUUGAUUAGUUAAUUACAUUAGAAGCAUGAUCCACAGUUAGAGCCUCAUCAGGUUCUUGAUUCCGAUAAGUUAGUUGCUGCUAGUUUGUCAUAGUUUGUCUCUCACCUUUGCUGAAGUUAAUGUUAAUGGUUGAGUUGAUAGGCUUGCUUUGAGGAAUUUGAUAUAUAUAUAUAUAUAUAUAUAUAUAUUAUACUAUAUACGAAAGGCCGGUUGGCCGGUUACUGUUACUACUGUUCAUCAGAAAGGCCGGUUGGCCGGUUACUGUUACUACUGUCAGGUCGAAAAGGCCAUUUUGCCCUUGAAUUUUUCUCCCAAUUACACGUUUUUCUAUGUGUUUCAUACCAUGUCAUCUGGGCAUAUGGGUCUUUUGCCAUUGGAAGGGGUUAAAAAGACGCUUCUGUCCUUAUUUUUUUUUUCCACUAGACUGAUGGCAGAAACAACCUGCAAGCUCGAACAAAAUUGAUAUUAUCAAAUCCAAACAAAACGAAGAAUACCGAUUCUUCCAGAUUUCACAAUCGGACAAACAGUGUUCGAAAUGGAUUCCGUUUUGGGAUUACAGUUUUGCCCUGAAUAGUUGAAUAUAUAAGAGGGAUCUCUGGUACUAUCCUAAUUCGAGAAGCCUCCAUUGUCGUCAGCAUCUGCUUUUAGCCGACAUCAAACUUCUCCAUCAAGAUCAACAUCAGCACAGACUUGGGAUCCAUUCACGUGCUAUUGUCAUGAUUGAAACAGAAAGAAGAAGACCUUUGAGCAAUUCAAAGGAAUUCAAGAUGUGUAAUUUAUAUAAGGGGUUCAAACCAGGUGGGUCUUCUCUGGCCCAUGCUUUUGGUUUAGUUUGGAUUCUUAGAUAACUUGCCGGAAUUGAUCAGAAAAAAUGCGUUUGGGCACCAGUACAAUGGCCAGCAGUGUUUAACAGUUAUGGUUGGUUGCUUCGUAUGAAUUACAUAUUGGCUAAAAGCAUUUUAGCAAGUCAGAUAUAUGGCGCCUGUCGCAGCUAAAGAAACAUUCUACACCUCAGGAUGUUUGCCAAGAUUUUGCACCAGUGGCAAAGAAUGAUGGAAGCAGCAACUUUCAAAUUAAGACAUUUGUAAAUGCCAUAGCAGCACCGAUGUACCUAAUUGGAUCAAAAUCGCUCAUGUAUGUAUCUGGUUAACAUACCAGAUUUUCAAAUCUGUAAAAGAUACUCUGAUUACGGACAUAAUAUUUUGAACGUUUGUUUUUGUUGUAGUUAAACUUAUAACCAACCCGCAGCAUCACGCGGAAUUGAUCUCUAUCGUUGUCUACACAAGCAAUUACUCUCCUGAACAACAGUAAUGUUAUGAGAUCUAAUUCAUUUACGUAGUUCUGAUUACGGACAUAAUAUUAUGUAAUAAUUUCUUUCUUCCAUUACGUAGUUCUAAUUCAUUGACGAGUAACUCCCGCGGCAAAGCGUGGGCAUAA